CUUUUCACUUCCUCUUUUACUCCAGAAUUUGUCUGUCCUCUUGGGUGGAAUCCAUCAAGCCCUGAGAGAAGUCUGUGCUCGCAGUGCUGGUGCUGUCAGAGCCAACUCCUUUGCUCCGGGAGGUGAUGGGGGUCCCCUCAUUCACAGCCCUCCCUGCUGCCGAGAGUGACCAGGCUGACUGCAUGCCCUGCCAUCCCUUGGGCCACAUGCUACUGUGGACAGCCCUGCUAUUCCUGGCUCCUGCUGCUGGGACACCUGCAGGUCUCCCGAAGGCUGUGGUGAACCUUCAGUCCAAAUGGGUCAACGUUCUCCAGGAGGAUGAUGUGAUGUUGAUAUGCCAAGGGACCAACAACCCUGGGGAUGACUUCACCCAGUGGUUCCAUAAUGGAAGCUCCAUCCCAACCCAGGUACAACCCAGCUACAGCUUUAAAGCCAGCAGCAAUGACAGCGGGGACUACAAGUGCCAGACGGGCCAGACCAGCCUCAGUGACCCUGUGCAUCUGGAUGUGAUUUCCGACUGGCUGCUGCUCCAGACCCCUAGCCUGGUGUUCCAGGAAGGGGAACCCAUCGUGCUGAGGUGCCACAGCUGGAAAAACAAGCCUCUGUAUAAGGUCACAUUCUUCCACAAUAGAAAAUCCAUCAAGUUUUCCUUUGUGUAUUCCAACUUCUCUAUCCCACAAGCAAACUUCAGUCACAAUGGCGAGUACUACUGCACAGGAUUUAUCGGGCAGAUGCAGCACUCGUCACAGCCUGUGACCAUCACUGUCCAAGGUCCAGCAAUUCUACUCAUCUUUUCACCUUGGUAUCAAAUUACCUUCGGCCUGGUGAUAGGGCUCCUUUUUGCAGUGGAUACGGGGCUGUAUUUUUCUGUGCAGAGAGACCUUCAAAGCUAACAGGAGACUGGAGAAGCUGCAAAGUCAGAUGAAGCCAGGGCCCUCAGGACAAAUGACCCCUCAUCUCUCGGUGUAACAGCAGUUGCAGUGGCACCUCUUCAGGUGCUUUCCUCUUACCCUAGCCCAACCUUGAUGGCAACCUGGGCUAAGGAGCCUCCAACUACCCUUUAGCCCCAGGGAAAGAAAGGGCCUAUGAUCUCCAGAGCUAAAUCCUAACAGGCCCUUCCGUCACUGAUUUCCUGAAGGCCAAGGCACAGCCACAGCCCACUCAGCUCUACAAGGACUCACAGCAAAUGUGUUUUCACAGAUUCUUGACAGAGGCUCUUCAAAUACAUGAAACCACAGUAAAUCUUGCUUCUACUUUCAAAAUAAAUCAAACAAUCUGAUCACUUCUCAGUACACUACUAUAGCACCUUGGUCCAAGCCACUAUCACUCCUCACUUGGGUUACUGCAACAGCCUCCUGACUGGUCUCCCUGUACUCACCCAUGCUACCCCACAGUCUAUUCUCACCACAACAGCCAAAACUAUCUUUUAAAAAUGUGUGUUGUAUCUGUCACUUCUCUGCUCAAAGCUAUGCAAUAUCUUCUUCCUUGUACUUAGAGUAAGAGCUAAAACCUUUGCAGUGUUCUACAAGGCACUAUAUGCUCUUGUUCCUCAGUGCCUCUGACCUCAUCUAUUGCUCUCCUUUGCUUUCUUGAACACUUUAUACUUCUAUUCCAGGUAUGUUAUUUACUGUUUCUGAAAUACUGUUACAGACGUCUACAGCAUGCUUCAUCAUGGUCUUCACUCGAAUACCACCUGAUCAGUGAGGUCUCAUUGAUCAAUCAAUACAACCCCAAUCCUCCAUUAUCUCCUAAUCCCUUUCCUGCUUUGUUUUUCCCCAUGAUACUUAUCACCAACUGAAGUACCAUAUGUUCAUCUGUUUAACUGCUUAUUUAUUUUAUUGCUGUACUUUUUCCCAAUUGUACUUACCACUAACUGACUACCCACUCUGCCAUCAGAAUAUGAGCUCCAUGAGAGCAGGGUCUUUGUUUUGUUUACUACCAUAUACUUAAAGUCAAGGUCAGUAUCUGGCAUAUAAUAAAGCACUCAAUACAUAUUUCUGGAAUGAGUAAAUUCUUUAGCAUUUGAAGUCAGAGACUUUUUUAAGUUACAUAUACCCCAUCUUUCCAGAAGCAGAAGUCCAGUUUAAUACUAUUGAACACCCUGUUAGUUACGACCUAAAAUACACCACUAGCACAUGCAUUUCAGCUUUGAACAUAUUUGCCUAAACGCUUUAAUAUUAUUUACUCUCACCCAUCACAUCUUUGAAAGUAGUAUAUCAGUUGGACCUAACUUCCCUUUAAUUGAAUUAAUUUUGUAAGCCUAUAGAGUAGCAUUGUGAAAAUACACUGAAAAUAGAGCCAAACCACCUAAAUUUGUGUUUCAUUUCUACCAUUUGCUAGCUGGUUGGUCUUGAAGAAUUCAUUUAGCUACCCUAUGAGUUAGACUCUUCUUUCUGUGAAAUGGUAAUAUCUUUAUCUCCUUCCCCAGGGAUAUCUUGUGUCAUUCAAGUGUAACAACAUACAUGGAAACAUAAUGUCUUUGGAAUAUAAAAGGUUUUUAAUAAAUGUCUACAGAAUCUGAUGUCUUCAGAGCGCACUAUCUAGCUGGCACUUUCCCCUUAAAAAGAUUGCUUUUACCAUAGUAACCUUAAAGAAAGUUAAGAAGAUCUAAUUUGGAGUGGGGAUGAACUAGAAGGUAGAACUGAGUGAAUUACAUUUUCUGUGGCUAGUUGCAUCAGAAAAAGAAUGGAGAUAAGCUCACUUGGCCAGCUUUAGCCAGCAUGUUAAACUCAGAUUCUAUAAAAAUGCAACCUUGGUGGCAUAAAACAUCCAAGGUUUAUUUCUCACUCAAGUUCUCCUGUAUAUCUGGAAGACUCCCCAAGGAAGCUGUUUCUCAUGGGAUGGCUCAGGUUUCUACCUCCAUUUCAACACCAGCUACCACAUAUUGCCAAGGAAGGCAAAGGGAACAGUAGCAAUUAUGACAGUAAUUAAAUGGCCUCUCCCCAGAAGUAAUACAUUAUGCAUACUUAAAUUUCGCUGAUCAAAACAAGUCAUAUGACCUGAUCUCAAGAGGCAUGAAUUGCUAGCAGGAGGAGAAUCAUAUACAUUGGUGAGCAUCAUAAAUGUCUAUCAUACUAACAUUCCUUACUCUACCAUUGUGAGGGAUAAAAAUGAAUAAACUAUCAUAUAAUGUAUGCAACAGCCUCCUGACUGGUCUCCCUGUACUCACCCAUGCUACCCCAUACAUUAUAUGAUAGACAUAGCAGCUCACUCCUCUUUUUCUUAUUAACAUAAGCAGGAUUUAUUCAGGUAUAGAGCAGGUACAUAGUUUAGGGGAGAUAGGAAUCCUCUUUUGCUCCUGGAUAAAAUCAGAGACUUUUAAAGCUAGAAAGUCUUAGAAAUGAUUAAGUCCAAUCUCCUCAUUUUAAAAUUGAGAAAGCUGAGGCCCAGAUGGUUGAAAUGACUUGUUCAAGGAUGUACAGGUAGUUGGUAUCACUUUUAAAGACACUCAGACUAAAUUACUAAACAUUAGUGGAUAUGUUUAGGUGUAUGUACAAAGUUUGCAUUGCAUAAUAAACUUUCUACUUGAACUUCUCUGAAUUAAAAAAUAAAGAAGUGAAUGAUAAUGGAAGCAUGCUUUGUGAUGCUGUGUCUAAGUACAGAGGUGAUUGCUUUAUUGCUGUACCUGGAACUCUGAGGGGUAGAUGUGCAGGUGAGGUUUUGAGGCUGCUGAGGGCUGGGAGAGAAGGCUGGAGCUUGGACAAGGUUGGAGUCCCUGAACAGUCCAGGGCACAGACCCCAGGACAGGCCACCUCUUCCUUUCUUUAGUGAGGCCCCCUCUCUUCUAGGCCCUUGCCUAAAAUGUCUCAACCCUGACACGCAGGCCUGGCCAGCCUAGACUCUGAGAGUGAAUGAAUUUAAAGCUGACAGCUUCUCUCCCCUCCUGGAGUUAUGAAAUAGUUUCUUUCUUUUCGAGGAUGGUUUGAUUUUACACUGCAGAAGUUAUUUACUGCACACUUCUUCAAACAUACACUUUUUUCCUGGACUGAUCACCUUCCCAUCAUAGCUGAGCUCACUAGCGGCAAACUUUGCCAGCUCUUUCUUCUUUCUUAUCAAUACACUGGGAAAAGGUUGGCCCAGAAACCCAGUCCAGAAAUGGGACUGAAUCUGCAUCCUAACUCCCUCCUCCCUCUUCAAAGACUCUGCAGCUUUCCAAAGGGAUCUAAGCCAUCUGAGGAGACAAGAGCCACUUAUAGAACAAAGGUUUUUAGUUUCUCUUUUUAAAAAUUAGUAGGUUCCUUUGAAUCAGGUAAAUAAUGAUAUAUUACAUGAAAGUUGAAGCUACCAGAGUUUAACAUUAGAAUGUGUCAUGUUUCCCUAGGGUGCUAUCUGCUGUCUUCUUAGUAUAGUGGUGAGUAGCCCUGCCUGUCAUGUGGGAGACCAGGGUUCCAUCCCCCUAUGGGGAGGUUACAGAAGACUUUUGCUUCUGUUUCUUCCAGUUCCACCCUCACAUCUCUGAAAAGUCUC